UUGGGGCAGGUCCCAGUCCAUCACAGGGCCAUAACCUCCUGGGACAAAAAACAUCAGAACCGUCACAAUUUCUCUGGAAAACCUGUGGAUUUUCAUUUUUCAUCAAAUUACCACAAAGACAUACAUCCCAAGAGGACAAAACCUGAAGAAAACAUUCACCACGUAUCUGGGAUAUUUGUUUCACGACUUCUAUCAUUACAUUUAAUCUGGAACCUGGAACUCAGUUGGGUACAGCACCUGGAACUAAGCCUCCAGUAUGGAGAUAACUAAUAUGGAUGCCAACUAAAUGCCAGUUCGACAAUUAUCUGCAGCAAUGGCUGGGGAAUGGUAGACUCUAUGAUGCCUUUGGGAUUGUACCCCUAAGAGUGUCCAAGGUUGACAGCCAAAGACUGUAUCAGGGUGCUUGUCACCGGGCAGCUGGUCAAACUCUCCUUUGUUCCAUAUCCCAGGGGCCCCUACUCACCUGCCUCACCCCCACCACCACUGCCCUCCCAUCGCCUCUUUCUCCGUAUUGUUCACCAGCAACCAUAGGAGCUGAAUGGCACCGCAAACAGACUCUGGCUGCUUGUUCAGUCUCUCGAACCAUCCACGAUGGCAACCAGAACACCCCUCCAGAGGGGCGCACAGGUCAUGGAGGCACCAAACCAAACGCUACAGAUCUGGCAGAUCAAAAGUGGAGGGAACCGCCAACACAAACGACACCUAUCCGGCUAACACGGUCAUCCGGCGCCACAGCUCAUGGGGCUCCUGGCUGCUGGUGCCACUGAUGAUGGUCUGCUACCUGCCCUGUGAGGCCUGGGGCUCCACGUUCAAGAUUGCACUGGUGGGGCCGUGGACGUGCGACCCCAUGUACUCCAAGGCCCUGCCCGACCUGGCCGCCCGCCUAGCCAUGAGCCGCAUCAACAAGAAUCCCCAUCUGAGCAAGGGCUACUGGUACGACUAUGCGCUGGUCAACGAGGACUGCCAGACCUCGCGGGCGCUGGCUCGAUUCGCCGAGCUGGAGGGCUACGGUGCGGCCUUCCUGGGCCCGGCCAACCCUGGCUACUGCUCGUCUGCCGCAUUGCUAGCCAAAAACUGGGACAAGGGCAUCCUGUCGUGGGGCUGCCUGAAGCCGGACAUGAACGACGGCAUGUUCCCCAGCUUCCUGCGACCCAUGCCACUGCCGUCGCGUGUGCUCUUCUCCGUGCUGCGCUUCUUCAAGUGGGCGCACGUCAGCAUCAUCGCCGAGGAGGCGGAUCUCUGGGAGGCGACCGGGUACGAGCUGGCAUCGUCGCUGCGCGCCCUCGGCCUGCCAGUCGGCACGGUGUCCAUCAUGGAGCUGGACGAGGAGGGCCCGCGAAGAGCACUGAGUAAGAUCCGCGACUCCGAUCACUCCAAAGUGAUCAUCAUGUGCAUGCACUCAGUACUGAUCGGUGGGGAUGCUCAGUACAAGCUGCUGACCACAGCCCUGGACAUGAGGAUGAUUGAACGAGGCUACAUUUUCAUCCCUUACGACACCCUGCUCUACUCUCUGCCGUAUAAGAAUGCAGAGUACCCUAUACUCGUCAACGACAACAAGCUACGGCGCGCCUAUGACGGAGUACUCACCGUGACCAUCGACCAGGGAGAGAACUCAUUCUUUGAGGCAUUCAAAGAGGCCCAGGAGAAAUUCGAGAUCCGGACAAGCACCCCACCUGAACAGGUUUCUCCGUUCUUCGGCACCAUCUACAACAUGCUGUACUACACCGCCAUGGCGGUGGAGCAGCAGCGGGCGGCCACUGGACGCUGGGUAUCGGGCACUACGCUGCCCGAGGGCGAGGGCGGUUUCGAAUUUGACGGCUUCAACCAGCCAGUGUACAGUGACACGGAAGGCGAGGGCAUGCAGGUGAAGUAUGUGGUGCUGGACAGCACUGGCCUUGGCGGCAAGCUCCACUCCACACACAUCCUGGAGGCUGCGCACACCGUCGGCAGGUUCGGUGGCCUCAAGUACCUGGGCCGCUCCAUCCACUUUGCCGGCUCCACCCCGAGCAGCGACUCCAACUGCUGGUUCAGUCCCUACAUUGCCUGCACAGGAGGCAUCAGUGGAGCAGCACUUUUCUUCUUGUUCCUUUUCCUGGUUGCCGUCGGUGGAGCAGCCUAUAUCUUUAUCAAGAGAGGGAGUCUGUUAGGCUUCAGUUUUGGUGGUGGUGGUGGAGGAAAGAUAGUUCUCAACCUCGAUGACCUGGUCUUCAUUAACACACAGCUCAGCCGAAGGAAACUGAAUGAGGACAGUCAGCUGGACGUGAAGACGCCUCGGCACUCUGUGUCCGGUCGAAGCUACAUCACCUCCACUCCGAACAGCUCCAAUGUGGCUGUCUUUGAGGGUGACUGGGUGUGGUUGAAAAAGUGUCCAAAUGCGGAAUCAGUGUCUUCUGUUAGUGAUUCCACUCAGACAAUGUUUAUAAAGUAUCGAGACAUGAGGCAUGAGAAUUUGAAUCUAUUCCUUGGGCUCUUCUUCGAUUCUGGGAUCUUUGGCAUUGUCACAGAGCACUGUACCAGGGGAAGCCUAGAAGACCUCAUCAACAGCGAGGAGAUGCGCCUGGACUGGAUGUUCAAGUCCUCGUUACUGUUGGACCUAAUCAGGGGGAUGAAGUAUCUGCACAACAGGGGCAUUCUCCACGGGCGUCUGAAGUCUCGGAACUGUGUAGUGGACGGGCGCUUUGUGCUUAAAGUCACGGACUACGGCUUCGGAGAGAUCCUCAAAAGCCAAGGCAUCCCGCUGGAUGAAGAAGCACCAGAGGAUCAAUUGUGGACUGCACCAGAGAUUCUGCGAGACCCAAGCUUGCAAUUUGGCACUUUCCCGGGAGAUGUUUAUGGCUUUGCCAUCAUCAUGCAGGAGGUGAUCUCACGCUGCGCCCCUUUCUGCAUGCUCGACAUGCCUCCCAAAGAAAUUAUCAGCAAAGUGAAGUCCCCCCCUCCGCUUUGUCGGCCUGAGGUGUCCCUGGACGAGGCCCCUCUGGAGAUCAUCCAGAUUAUGAAACAGUGCUGGAGUGAGGAGCCAGAGAAGAGGCUGACAUUUGAGGAGAUCUUUCGGCAGUUUAAGAGCGUGAGCAAAGGGAAGAAGACCAACAUCAUCGACUCCAUGCUGCGCAUGUUGGAGCAGUACUCCUCUAACCUGGAAGACCUGAUCCGAGAGAGGACAGAGGAGCUGGAGGUGGAGAGAGAGAAAACAGACACACUCCUGGCUCAGAUGUUACCCAAAUCUGUAGCUCAGGCGCUGAAGACGGGGAAGCCUGUGAAACCGGAGCACUUUGCCGAAGUGACACUCUACUUCAGCGACAUUGUGGGCUUCACCACCAUCUCGGCCAUCAGUGAGCCCAUCGAAGUGGUCGACCUACUCAAUGACCUCUACACGUGCUUCGACGCCAUCAUUGGCCAGCACGACGUAUACAAGGUGGAAACCAUUGGAGAUGCCUAUAUGGUGGCGUCAGGUGUACCGAACCGCAAUGGGAGCCGGCACGCAGCUGAAGUGUCCAACAUGUCUCUAGAUAUCCUGCACGUUAUGGGGGCCUUCAGAAUGAGGCACAUGCCUGAAGUUAAGGUCAAGAUUCGCAUUGGCCUCCAUACAGGCCCUGUUGUGGCAGGGGUAGUGGGCCUUACAAUGCCUAGGUACUGUCUAUUCGGGGACACUGUCAACACAGCUUCUCGAAUGGAAUCCACGGGGUUGUCUUACAGAAUCCAUGUCAACAGGAGCACAGUUGACAUCCUCAGAAAAAUGGAUGUGGGCUAUAAAAUAGACAGCAGAGGCAGGACAGAACUGAAGGGGAAAGGUGCUGAAGAGACAUUCUGGCUGAUGGGUAGAGAAGAUUUCACCAAGCCCUUGCCCAGGCCUCCAGACCUUACUCCAGGGGCUAGUAACCACGGCAUCAGCCUCGAUGAAGUUCCGCCAGAUAGAAAACAGAGGCUCCUGGACCGACAGAAGAAUAUGGGCUAAACUCCAGCUGGGUGGUGGUGCCCUCCCUCCUUAAGUGACCGCUAGUGGGAAAGUAGGACAGAAGAGGCAGCUGGUGAAGGGGCUAAUGGGGCUUUGCUGACAUGGCCCUCUGCUGCCCUGGCCUGUGACUGAUCUUUUUUUCUCUCUUUCUUUCGAUGCACAAAAAAAAGAGUGAAAGUCACUCCGCAGACACCAACCCCCGAAUUUCACCUCUAGCAAUGGCUGAGAGAAAGGUUUUACACACUGCUCAGCCAGGUAACUUGCCAGGACUCUGAGGAGCAAGGACACAUGAGUUUCAUAGAGAUUACACAAAGACAUCUGAAAGACGAUCCACUGCAUUUUGCUAGACACGAGACAACCUCCUCCAGUGAGCACAGGACAGCAAAAUAAAUUGCAACUGGGUACAUACAUUUGCACGAUAAAUACAAGUUCUGCAUCAAGCAUAAUUCUAUAGUCCUGACAUAGAAAUAUCCUCCAUCAAAUAACCAAAAAGGUGCUUUCUAGAAAACAACAGGUUAUAAAGUUAACAAGUGUAGGCUAUAUUCCAUUCUAUGUGCAUUUAAGUAUAUACAGAAAUAUGUAUUGUUCUCUUAAAGGCUUACUAGUAUCUCCAAAUGAAAUUGUAGAAAUAGUUAGCCGUGGACCAGUAGUAUUAAUUUUCUGCUCCCUCAUAUUUAAGUUGCAGUUGUUUGAACAUCACCUUCCUUAAUGUAAUGUCCUCGGGAGUUUGACACUGGAUCUCAACAAUGAUUAUACAGGUUAACUUAUCUGUAUACCAUGGAAUCACAAUUCAUACCUGAUUACCAAAAAUGUGUAAAUACAAUCUGUGUUAAUUUUAAAAUCAUAACGAGACAGUUGCGAAACUUUAAAAACAAGUGUUUCUGCAGAGAAAGGUCAUUUAAUGCAGUUUACUCUAUCCUCUCUUGUGUUUAUUGUGUCUGUUGAGCAUGCUUCUUCAUCAAGUCUAUAGAUGGGUUUCUUUAUUGUAUUUAUAUAUGUGAACAUGGCUUUGUUUUUGUAAAAAAGCAAAAGGAUGGAAAACGCUGUUUUUUUGUUUUGUUAUAUUGGCAGAAUGAUGUGAUGCACAGUUGCCAGUAAACUGUGUCACAAUACGAUUCAACGCUGUGUUGAACUCUUUGAUAUCCUCCAGUGGAGAAACUGGAGAUCUGUCCUGUAGUGUAGAGCAACAUCAGCACAGCCUUUGCAUCACAGGAGACUGAGCAAGGGCCUCUGGAAUGACCUGCAUGUUACUGAUGCAGACUCUUCAUUGGUCCCAUAGUCUAGGGCAUUUUCUAUUUAACGGUAAAUAAAUAAA